AAAACAAAAUAGAUCUGGGCUUGGGUGUGGGUGGCUACUCCUCCACCGACAAGAGAAUUAGAGAAAUACCGGCGGUGGCGUGAUUUGGGUGAAAAACGGGUUGACAAUGUCUUACAGUGACACGGUUCCGCUCCAUCCCAGCUCCCAAUCGGACAUCGACGAGAUCGAGAAUCUCAUCCACUCCAACCCCUUACCCGUCCUCCCCGCUCGCCCCCCUUCUCCCCCACGCGCUUCCAUCCCCGUCUCCUCCGCUCCUCCUCCUCCUCCUCCCUCCUUCAUCCCCUCCAAUCUCCCCCCUCCUUCCGCCCCCAAACCAACUCCCGUACCCUCCAUCGCUCCUAAACCCUCUGCCCCCCCGCCGAUUGGAUCCUCCAGCGGCGGAAUUGCCUCAUCGGGGUUCGGUUCCCCUCCUAAUACGCUCACCGAGCCUGUCUGGGAUACUGUUAAGAGGGAUUUGUCGAGGAUCGUCAGCAAUCUCAAGCUCGUUGUUUUCCCCAAUCCCUACAGGGAAGAUCCAGGCAAGGCAUUGCGCGAUUGGGAUCUUUGGGGCCCCUUUUUCUUCAUUGUUUUCCUCGGCCUCACUCUCUCCUGGUCUGCUUCUGUUAAGAAGGUAACCUUCAUUUCACUGAUUUGUAGAUUACGUUUCAAAUAUUUGAGAGUUAUGAUUGGAUACUGUUUUAUUCUGAGCGAUUUGUUGAAGAAAUUAGGGCUUGUGGUGAAAUUGGGAUCUUAUAACGUAGAUAUAUCUGUACAAAUUAAUUCUGCUUGCCGAUCAUCAAUCUUCAUCAUAUAGGAUUUGAUUAGAGGCUAUCAGUUUGAAAUAGCUUCGGAUGAUUGAUGUAAAAGGUGAUAGCUUGAUUCUGAUAUGUAUUCACAUAUAUUUAUGUUAUGAUGUAACGGAUGCAGAAAACUGACUUGCAGCAGUAUGCUUUUUGGUUCCUGCGUGCUUCCAGUUCACUAUGUGCUCUUAAAUCACUUCUUAGUGAUAUUCACAUACACACAUUCAUAUGUACAUACAUCUAUGCAUAUAUAAUAUGCUAUCCUGGUUGGUUUAUACUAACUUUGGAGAUGGUUGAAUUGAGAAACUUAAAAUUACCUUCCUAUCUAUCAAUUUAUCAUCCACAUCAUGUCAACAACAAGAUGGAUCCAUGUUUUACUUGUACCAAUUAUAGGCUAGUGCACUCAAAUGAGCUGCGUAAUUACCUGUGAAAUGAGUUUCUUUGUGCGAAAUAUGUCCUGCCAUGCCAGUAAUCAUUCAUUAUAUAUUUAUUGUAUGGGAGUAUGUUUACUUCUAAGUAUGUUGAACGGUUGCAACUGAGUGGAACUUCAGAAGUAUCUUAGUUGGAAGGAUUUGAGUGAUAAUAUUUCGUUUUCCUAAAUGGGUUUCAAAUAUACCACUAACUCUAAGAAUGCUCAAUGGUCUUACUCAGAUUCAGUGCCUACUUUACUUUCCUCCUGAUAGUCAAACUCAAUAUCAAGUCUUUUUAUUUAGAAUGUUUGCAUGCUUUUGAUAACUGAAAGUCUCCACAAUCUUGCAAAAUACUCAUUAAUUUCAAUUGUGAGUAUCUUCACUUUUUUCAAUGCCUCUCUCCUUAGCUCUGCUUCCCUCCAAAAUCAUUGUUAACUAUCUCUUUUCAGUCAGUUGAGACUUGAGAAUUUGCCCACUGGCCACUGCCAUGAGUGACCUCUAGUUUCCGGUUUUUACCAAAAAUAAAAGAUAACUUAGUCUUUUAGUUACAAAAAGUGAUGUGUAU